AUGGUCGAUGUACCGCCACUUGUUGUAGCGCGCGCACUGCCCGACCAAGUGCCGGAGAAUGCACCGGCGCACUGCCCGGGCACCGAGUCGGACCUCGCCGGGAAGGCGUCGGCGUGUGCGGGGUGUGCGAACCAGGAUGCGUGUCAAAGCGCGCCGAAAGGGCCCGACCCUGAUUUGCCGCUCAUCCGCACACGCAUGGCGUCGGUGAGGUGCAAGAUCUUGGUUUUGUCGGGCAAGGGGGGAGUCGGCAAGAGCACCUUUACUGCGCAGCUUGCGUGGGCGUUUGCGAGCGACAUGCAUACGCAGACGGGCGUCAUGGACAUUGACGUGUGCGGCCCGUCGAUUCCCACCAUCCUCGGUCUCAAGGACCAGUAUAUCCACCAGUCCGCUGCGGGAUGGACGCCCGUGUACGUAGCGGACAACCUCGCAUGCAUGUCCAUCGAGUUCCUCCUCCCGCACGCGAACGCGGCCGUCGUGUGGCGCGGCCCGAAAAAAAACGGGCUCAUCAAGCAGUUCCUCAAAGACGUCGACUGGACGGGCGGCAUGGCCGACGAACUCGGCGCCGAUGCGCCGAAACCAGCAGUCGACUACCUGCUCGUCGACACGCCACCCGGCACGUCGGACGAGCACCUUGCCGUGGUGGGGUGCCUGCGCGAGUCGGGCAUCGACGGAGCGGUGCUGAUCACCACGCCACAGGAAGUAUCGCUGCAGGACGUGCGCAAGGAAAUUUCUUUUUGCCGCAAGAUGCAAGUGCCGAUCUUGGGCGUGGUGGAAAAUAUGGCAGGGUUCGUCUGCCCUUCGUGCCACGCACGCUCCGACAUCUUUUACCCCUCCACGGGCGGCGCCCGCGCGCUUUGCGAGGAGCUUGGCCUGGUGUUUCUCGGCAGCGUCCCCCUCGAUCCGCGCAUCGCCCGCUCGUGCGACGUGGGCGAGAGCUUUGUGGAUGCAUACCCGGACAGCCCUGCAAGCGAAGCCUACACACACAUUAUCGCACAGAUCAAGCGUUUGGUGCGCAAGACAGACACGGCGUAG